AGGAAAUACACUCAAUUUUGGCUGCUUGCCAGAAUCACAACCAAUUUCAUCUGCCAUUCGUUGUACGGUCAUUCACAUUCGCUCUCUUCGUUACUAGUGCCCCUUUUCCUCAUGCAGUCAUAACGAUCUCUUCCCCAGCCAUAAUGGCUUCGCGAUCCUUCCUUCGAGCUUCUUCUCGACCCGAAGCUUAUGUCUGCCCCAGGUGUACACUUCAAGCUUCCAAUGCUUCUGGUAAGACCAUAAGAAGAUGGAUUGGAACGAAAUACCUUGCCAAAAUGGCAGAUGCAGAGAUGGCAUGGUCACAAAAAGCUUCUAGCAUUAAGUCAGGGAAAGAGAAGAGCAUGCUCACGAUUCUUGAAGAGCGAGGCCUAGUCCAGACCUUCACUGGGAAACGAGUACACGUUGAUCAAAUGAUGACUGACCGACGACUCGGUGCAUACGUUGGAAUCGACCCUACUGCUUCUUCAUUACACGUUGGACACAUGAUACCAUUCAUGGCUCUUUUCUGGAUGCAUAUCCAUGGCUACCAUACAGUAUCUCUUCUUGGGGGUGCGACAGCCAAGAUUGGAGAUCCCACCGACCGUCUUACAUCUCGAGAAAAACAACACUCCUCUGUUGGAACCGCAAAUAUGGCAAAUAUGCACCUUCAACUCAAGAAGUUGUGGAAGAAUGUGGAAAUAACCGCCGCUAAGUAUGGCUACAAAUCGGAAUGGGCGUGGCGUCGGGAAUUGAUCAAUAACAAUGCGUGGUGGAAUACUUUGCCCAUGCUCCAGUUUCUUCAGCUCCUUGGUCCCGGCAUGCGGUUGGGCUCUAUGCUGGCACGGGAGACGGUGAAGAACAAAAUGAGUAGAGGGGAUGGUAUGUCGUUUGCAGAGUUCACAUAUCCACUCAUGCAAGCCUGGGAUUGGUGGCACAUGUUUCAUACGAAAGGAAUCCAAAUUCAAAUAGGGGGCUCUGACCAGUAUGGGAACAUCACAGCUGGUAUUGAUGCAAUUAAGUACAUUUCGACCCACCACCCAAACCCGACUGUUAAAGACGAGGCCGCAGCUGUCGGAGAACCUUUCGGCUUCACCGUACCGCUCCUCACUUCAUCAUCAGGACAGAAGUUUGGCAAAAGUGCAGGAAAUGCUGUAUGGUUGGAUGAAGAACAAACAAGCUCUUUCGAAUUGUACAAAUAUUUCUUGGGUACAGCGGAUGCGGACGUCGAAAAAUAUCUUCAGAUGUUUACGUUCAUGCCUCUCGAAGACAUUCAUGCCUUGGUUAGUGAGCACAUGAAGUCGCCGGAACAGCGAAAAGCUCAACACAAGCUUGCAAAAGAGUUCGUUGAGCUUGUGCAUGGAAAAUUGGAAGCAGAAUCGGCCGAAAAAGAGCAUCGUCUACUCCACCUGAAACCAGGGGCAAUUCUUCCUCCAAGAGCUGAAGAUCCUUCUGCUCAGAUUGGGGUUUCCUCGCUCAACAAGAAGCCGACGGUGAACGUCAAGCUACCGCGCCAUGUGAUAUUCCAAAAAAGCAUUAGCAAGAUUCUGUACGCAGUUGGCCUUGCGACAUCAACUUCCGAGGGUCGGCGUCUUAUUGAUGCAGGAGGGGCAUACAUAGGAAGUUCGCCGAACGAGAAACACGAGCCAAUGAACGAUGGACAUCUAUCAUGGGCAACAAUUAGAGCUUGGAAGCCUGAAGAGACCAAGAAAUACCUCAUUCAUGAUGAUUUACUCCUCUUUCGAAGGUCAAAAAAAGAUAUCAGAAUCGUGCAAGUGAUCCCGGACGAAGAAUAUGCUAUGUCGGGUUUAACCUACCCUGGAAUGCUCCGAGCAUGGCGCGUUGGUAUUCUCAAAGCUAUGCAUGUCAAGACAACUAUCACUAAGGAGGAGAUGGAAAACAUUGCAAAACUUCUCGAAGAAGACGAGUCAUUCUUGGACAGGCAAGCUCAAGAGGGUCUCAAAGGUGCUGCAAAGGAACCCCUCGAGCACGACCCAUCCUUAUCAACACCUUCAAAGGUGAAUAAGUCCGAUUUGCCGAAAAUCGAUUUCGUCAAGAAGCCAAAAAACAUCAACGAUGAUGAUCCAGCGAGUUGGAUUGACAGGUUAUGAGAGAUUCAGCGACUAGAAUCA